AUGACAGACGGGCAGAGUGCCAAUCAGGCAGCACCAGUGGGAAGUACAGCCCCAGUGGCCGGUGCUGAUACACUGUCUCAGUUUGCGACACUUGUUGCUCAGAUGAUGAGCGAGACUCAGAGCAGAGCUUCUACCGUCAGAUCUGAUGAUAUUGAUAGACAUCUCCAGAUGUUUCUGAGGUUGAAACCUCCGAGGUUUGAGGGCGCUGUUGAGCCCAGAGCAGCUGAGGAGUGGUUGAGGAGGAUAGAGAAGACCUUCGACGGCAUGCAGUGUCCGUUAGACAGGAAGGUACCUUUGGCAGUAUUUCUGUUGGAUGGUGAGGCUGAGCAUUGGUGGGUUGGCCAGCAGGAGGCCAAGUUUCAGGGCAGAUUGAACUCUAUGAUUACCUGGGAAGAGUUCACUGAGGUGUUCCGAGACUGGUUCGUUCCCCCUUCUGCACGACAGCAGAUGUAG